AUGCGAGGGGGCGUGUUUGAACGCCUUGUGUUUGGGAUACGAAUGCGCAUUGAAACAUUACAACAUUCCACUAACACUACUCACCACACGAAGCUUGAGCCUAUAAAAGCCCUUACAUCAUUGAAUUUUUCUUGGUUUUUAACAGCUACAAAAUCAAAUGACUUCGAAGAAUUGAGAAAAACUAAAGAUGAACAUAGAUUUGUAUAUUGGCUCUUUCAAUGUUCGCAAUUAUAG